CGUCUGUAUCUCUGUCUGUCCGGCCCGCCGUCCGUCUGUCUCUAACUCUGUCCGUCCGUCCGCCGGUCGGUCCCAGCCGCCGCAGGUCCCCGGGGAGCCGCGGGCGUGAGUGCUGGUGAUGACAGCGAUGACAGAGACCAACCAUAUCCAUGAAGUGAUGGAAGGGCCAGAAGGAGAUGAUGCCAAGUGCAGUUUUCAUCACACCAUGUUCCUGGAACCCCAAGAGAAGAAGAGGAACAUGAAGGCUCUGCUGGUUAACCGAGCAAAAGAAACUUGCAGCUGCACCCCUGCCAAAAUUAAAGAUUGUGUUCUGGGGUUUUUCCCCAUCUUACAGUGGCUCCCUAAAUACAACUUCAGGGAGUACCUCCUGGGGGAUGUAAUGUCUGGUGUGAUCGUGGGGGUCCUGCUGGUCCCACAGUCCAUUGCCUACUCCCUCUUGGCCGGGCUGGAGCCCAUUUAUGGCCUUUACACCUCCUUUUUCUCCUGCAUCAUUUACUGCAUCUUCGGCACCUCGCGCCACAUCUCCGUCAGCAUCUUCGGCGUGGUGUGCCUGAUGCUGGGCCAGGUGGUGGACAGGGAGGUGGAGAGGGCUGGCUACCAGCUGGAGCCAGCUGUGCCCAGUGCCCUGCCAGGCCCAGGGGGGCACGGGAACGGCACUGGCAACGGGACAGAGCCGCUCUGUGACAGCGGCUGCUACGCCGUGGCCGUGGCUGCCACCGUCACCUUCAUCUCGGGGGUGUACCAGGUGGCUAUGGGCUUCUUCCAGGUGGGCUUUGUCUCCGUGUACCUCUCGGACUCUCUGCUCAGUGGGUUUGUCACAGGGGCCUCCAUCACCGUCCUGACCUCACAAGUCAAGUACCUUCUGGGCCUGGACAUCCCUCGCAGCGGGGGCGUGGGCUCCCUCAUCACCACCUGGAUAAACAUCUUCAGGAACAUCCACACCACCAACAUCUGUGACCUCAUCACCAGCUUCUUGUGCUUCCUGGUGCUCGUCCCAGCCAAGGAGCUUAACGAGCGCUUCAAAUCCAAGCUCAAGGCUCCGGUUCCGGUGGAGCUCUUCGUGGUCGUGGCGGCCACUCUGGCCUCUCACUUUGGGAAGCUGAAUGAGAAUUAUGGCUCCAGCAUUUCAGGGCACAUCCCCACAGGGUUUCUGCCCCCGCGCCCUCCAGUGUGGACCCUGAUUCCCAGCGUGGCGCUGGAUGCCAUCCCCAUUGCCAUCAUUGGCUUUGCCAUCACCGUGUCCCUGUCGGAGAUGUUUGCCAAGAAACACGGCUACUCCGUGAGGGCCAACCAGGAGAUGUACGCCAUUGGCUUCUGCAACAUCAUCCCCUCCUUCUUCCACUGCUUCACAACCAGCGCGGCUCUCGCCAAGACCCUGGUCAAGGAGUCCACGGGCUGCAGGACGCAGAUGUCCGGCAUGGUGACCAGCCUGGUGAUCCUCCUGGUCCUCCUCAUCAUCGCCCCUUUGUUCUACUCCCUGCAGAAAUGCGUCCUCGCCGUCAUCACCAUCGUCAGCCUCCGCGGAGCCCUGCGCAAGUUCAGGGACCUGCCCAAGAUGUGGCACCUGAGCAGGGUGGACACGGUGAUCUGGGCAGUCACCAUGGCGGCCACGGCGCUGGUCAGCACCGAGAUCGGGCUCCUGGUGGGGGUUUGCUUCUCCAUGCUCUGCGUCAUCUUCCGCACGCAGCGCCCCGAGGCGCCGCUGCUGGGCUGGGUGGCCGAGUCGGAGACCUACGAGUCCCUGUCUGCCUACAAGAACCUGCAGACCAAGCCCGGCGUGGUGGUGUUCCGCUUCGAGGCCCCCAUCUACUACAUCAACAAGGAGUGCUUCAAAUCCACCCUCUACAAGCAAACAGGGGUCAACCCCGCCUGGGUGAAGGCAGCCAGGAAGAAAGCAGAGAAAAGAAAGCUCAAGCAGAAGGAGGAGGGGUCUGGGGACAAGCAGAGCAGCAUCCCCGUGGGUUUGGGGUCGGAGCCGGUGGGGUUUCACACCAUCGUGAUCGACUGCUGUGCCGUGCAGUUCCUGGACACGGCCGGCAUCCGCACGCUCAAGGAGGUCUGCAAGGACUACAGGGACAUCGACGUCCACGUGCUGCUGGCCCAGUGCAGCCCUUCUGUCAGGAGCUCCCUGCUCCGGGGGGAGUUCUUCCAGGAGGGGGAGGACCAGCUGCUCUUCCACAGCGUGCACCAGGCCGUGGACUUUGCCCUGGGCACGCAGGGGCACGGCACUCUGAAGAAAUAGAUUGGAAAGAGAGGGAUUGGAGCAAAGGCUGGGCAAGCGUGUCUGUGUGUGUGUGCAAUCAGUGUGUGUGUGCUCAGGGAGCAGGGCAGGGUGGUGCCAGCACUCUGGUGCCCUGCAAUCUCUCUGGAUUUACCUGCCUGGGGUAGUGAUUCCAUGGCAGGUGCUGAAUGAAGGCAGUUCUUAACUUGAUUGUAGCAAAUCUGCAGAUCUAAAGUUUCCAUGGGGUUGUUCAUCUCAUCUCUCCUCUCUGGAGCUUUCUGUGUGUCAGUUCUACUCUGAAAUUGUGAUCAAGUCUUUUUUGCCACCCUGUCCUUGUGGGUGGGGUGGGAUUUUGGAGUAGUCUGGACAUCCUGUGCAGCUGAAGAAUGAGGCAACUCAUUUCUCAUCCCUCAUUCUGGCCUUGCUUUCCAUCACCACACCCUUGUGUUUGCCAAGGAAAGGCUGCCAGGGACUGUUUGCUCUGGUCUUUACUGGGCAGUGCUUCAAUUUGCAAUCUCCCUGAGCUUCAGAUAGAGAAAUCAAAUCUAAACAUGCAGGAAAAUAUCUCAGUGAAUAUCUUCUAAGCAAGCACCUCUCACCUGCAGAGGUUUUGGCACUGCCUCCUAAUUCAGCCAGGCCACGAGGACACGGUUAUCUCAUUUCUGCACAGGCAUUUACCUGCCUGUGCCCAUGGAAAUGCUGCCUCUCCAGCUUGAUUUUAGUGAUUUCUUUUCCACAGAUGACUCUCUAGAAGUCUGAUUCAUUCUUAUGGUCAGUCAGUUGUUUUCCUAAUAUUUAGGAGCUCUUAAGAAUUAUGAACAUUAGAUAUGGAAAAUAUCUAGCUCUUCAAUUUUGACCAAAAAAGUCCCUUCUAAGCAGUUUUUUAUGCCAGGUAGAGAGAAUCACAGGCACCAAAGUGAAAAGGGACAAAUAAAUUAUCCAGCACGUGCCCAAAUGUGUGCAUGUCACACAGAUUGUGCAUGAAUGCAGGAUUUAUUGGCUAUAAACCCUUUGCUCUGUCCUGGACUUUAUGCAAUGGGAGUGCACACACCAUUGGAAAAGGAGCCAGGAAAAUUCUUUCCUGGACCUUUUUUUACCGGGUCAGUAUAAAUAGAGUUUUUUCCUUUGAUUUUAAAUUCUGUGGAAGUGAAGAGUGCCUGUUCUUCAUGCUAAAAUACAAGGAUAGGAUUUUUUACUGCUUUCCUCUCAGCAGUAGAAUACAAUUGUGAAGGCAGAACUGAGAGAUUAACAGUUUUUCCUGAAUAGCAGCUCUACACAGCACACAUCCCUGCAAGAGGGUGCUUUCCUCCUAGAGGAGUUUACAAUCUGAAUUUCAGGUGCUUCACAGCUUUUAAAAGGGAAAGGUGCUGUGAAUAGGCAAUAUUCUCAUCCUUAAUAAUUAAAAAAUAAUGAAUCAGAAGUCAAAAAAGGUGUAAAAUCCAAUAUGAAUUGUGAAAUGUUUACUAAAUAGAAAGAGAAUUUGAGUUUAAACUGUUUUGUUGUUGGUUUUUUUUGGUUUUUUUUUUUUUUUUUUUUGAGCAAGCACCAGUAACUAUUCUUUCUGUGAAAGCUGAAUGUCAUGGAUCACUUCACUCUGGGAGCCUCAGAGAAGGAUGAGGCAGCAGGAAGAUGAGUCCUUUUCGUGUUGACUGAAUUUACUGCAUUUUUGAGGGCACAGAGCAGCACAGAAGUGCUGGGGAGGUGAGGGGUGGCUGCAGCACAGCUUGGGAAAUGAGAACCUCACUGAUCCCCACCCAUGGCACCUCACAGAACUGGCGCUGGUGAGGAAAAAGCCUCUGUGUGUCACUGGGGAAAGUCUGCAGUGUUCACACCCCACAGAUGCUGUUCUGCCUCUGCCCUCACCUCUUUAUGGAGGAGAUGAAUCCCAAAUUCUGCUGAAUUUCUCCUUUGCUGCUGUAACCUCCUGCGGGAAGGUUUUUAUUCUGGGCUGGGGAUGCUUUGUGCAGUGUGGGGAGUUGUGCUCGCUGCAUUGGCAUUGCCAGGGAGGACCGGGCUGAGCUGUGAGGAGCAGUGGAUGCAGGGAUGCAUUUUGAGGCUGUAUUUCAGUUUUUAACCAAACCUGGUUUGUGUGCAGAGCCCCUGGGAGGGCAGGUUUGUGCCCACAGGGGUGGCAGUGGGGGGAGUCCCUUUGCAGCUCAGUUUGCUCACAAGAUCACAAAGAAUCUCCAGAACUUUGAACAGAAGCCUCGAUGCAGCUUUGAAAUGCUGAUUUUUAACUCCUGUUUUGCCAGAGAGCGGAGCAGCAGUGACAGUGCUGAUGGAAAAGGACAGCACGUGGUGGCUGCAGAUGUUUUAUUUGUUAUUGCAAACAAUUUGUUAUUGUUCCUGCCUUCCUGCAGCUGCUUGUCCUCGCCCCUCUGCCCUGAGGCUUGGGAGGAAGGAGCUGCUGGCCAGGACACUCCAGGGCAGCCAGGAGUGGGACAAAAGUCAAAUAGCAACUGCUCCGGGUGAUUCUUCCCUUUCCCCUCUGUCCCUUGUUCUUUCCAUGCUGCCCAGGUGGAGAUUUUUUCACCUGUGACCCCUCACAGGUUUGUGUAACCGAAUUCCAAACCUUUAUUUAUUAAAAGAUGGUUUUGUAAGUGCAUUCCUGCCUGUGCCAGGAAGGGAGGAAUAGCAGUGUUAACUCCAAAAAGGACCCACUUCCUGCAACUAGUGGGAUGUGCAUUUGUGGCUCCUGGGUAUUUAUUUACAUAAAAGCACAAUAAAACAGCCAUAAAAUCAUUUUUCAGGUAAUUAAAUUAGAUUAUAUCUCAAAGAUGUGCUGAACGUUACCUGGAGCACGUUGCGUUUGGCCUCAGUGCUGUUUGUGCAGCCUCCAAAUUUCAUUUCCAGCAAAACACAAGAAACUAUUAAAAUGCAACAGCAAAAACAGUCAAAAUAAAUACUUUUAAUGUUCUUAUUUAAAAUUAAUAGGUAUCUAUUAAUGCACGCUGCCCUGGCUAAAUGGGAACUGAAAUAAAUGCCAUUUGCCAGAGUUCAGUGCAGUCGGGAGUUCUUGGGAAUUAACUGGAGAUUAAAGCUGAUUAUGGCUGGAAUUUCUUACAACAGUGGGUUUCAGCCCUGUUCCUCUUAGGCCUGGAAUUGUUUUUUAGCAGUGACAUGUAUCUGAUUUGAUCCUGCUGGCAAGGAGCACGUUUUUUGUUUAUGGACCCUUUAAAGCAAUCCAGUUUAUCUUUAGGACUUGGGGAUCACUGAUUGGAAACUUUUCCUCCAAAGCAUUUGUUUUAUAAAAUAAUCCAUAUGUUUAUAUGUUCGUGUUUUGCUGCUGUGUGAUGGGUGCAGCAGCUGGAUAUCAUUUAUGCUUUUGUGAUAUUCCUGUCCUGUCCUGGAAGGGCUCUCCUGCCUUCUGCUGUUUGAAAUGAACAGUGCUGGGCAUGUGCCAGGAUUUUUAAGGGGAAAUCUGCCAUACUCACUGCUUCCUGUGCCUUCCCCCAUCCCGUGAAUUUGUGAAUUUGGCCCCUCAGACCGGUUGGGUUUGGGUUUUCCAUCGGCCUGGAGCAGGGAUCUUCCUCCCAGUGCAACCUGCAGAACCCCAGGCCAGACUGGAAGCUGGUGUAAAUCAGCUCAGCUCUAUUCCCCAAUGUCCCAAUCAGCAAUUAUCACUCUAAACGAAGAAUUAAGAGAUCAUUAGCACGUUCAUUAAUGACACAACAGAGCAUUAUGUAAAUGAGCUCUCAGUCUCAGCUGUACUGGAAAUCUCUUUAGCACUCUCCUGCUGAAUGGCAGCCUCUGUUUUUUUCCUCGAAAUGUUUCACUUGUCUGAGUGUUCUAACACAAAAACCAUUUUCAGCCCACUUCACAAAACAGGGACAGGCACUGCAGUGGGCACGGGGAGCUCUUUUGGGUUUCAUGCUGACAUUUCCAAGCUGGGACUGAGUGAUGCUGAUGUCCUGUAAGGCUCUGCAGGACCAGCUCCUCCUCCUGCUGCUUCCUCCUGGGUUGUGCUGCCAGACUCUCAAUAUUGGCUGUAAACACACGAAGCUGUGUGUGAUGAGUUCCAUGUGACCUGCUGCUCCCUUUGCAUGAUCUUUUGAUAAAGCCAAAGCUCCUGAGCAGUAAAGUGAGUGUAAAAUAACCCCAAACCCCCCCAGUCCUCUGGGAGCACCAGAACCUCAGCCUGCUUUGGGCAGGGGGUUUGUGGGGCUGUUUGUGCUGCCCAGCUGAACCUGGAGGUGUCUUUAUUUUGGGAUUGCUGUGAUUUGUUGUGCCUUUGUCCACAGUGAGUGUGGCACGAGCAGAAAUCAGGGAUUUCUGGGUUUGUGGUUAUUUAUUUUUGUCUCUUUGUAAUCUCAGUCCACUCCUGGCUGUGAUUUGGUGUCAUGCCUUUGUCCACAGUGUGACACAAGCAGAAAUUAGGAAUUUCUGGGUUUGUGGUUAUUUAUUUUUGUCUCUUUGUAAUCUCAGUCCACUCCUGGCUGUGAUUUGGUGUCAUGCCUUUGUCCACAGUGUGACACAAGCAGAAAUCAGGGAUUUCUGGGUUUGCGGUUAUUUAUUUUUGUCUCAUUGUAAUCUCAGUCCACACCUGGCUGUGAUGCCUUUGUCCACAGUGUGACACAAGCAGAAAUUAGAGAAGGGUUUGCCCUUUCUCCUGGCACAGACAAGAGCAAUCCUGGCCUUGGUGCAGCCUUGGCACUGGGAAUGACCUCGUUAAAUCCCAAGAAUUAAUUACACUGGGUCAUCAUCCUAAUGAGCCUUUGGAGGGUCAGCUGCUCGUGUGAAAAUCAACCUGAUUUUUGUAAUUUCAGUCAGAUUCUCUCUGAAGUGGAAAUCAUUCUGAGCCUUGCUUUUUCCUUGGAGAUCACUGCAGUGCUAAAAGCAAGGCCUCUGGUUAGGUAAAAUGGCAAAUCUUUAAUAUUUAGAUUUAGUUCACAGCAUAAUUAGUACCUGUCUAUUUUAUUUCCUGGAGAUUCUAUAAGUUAAGGCAUAAUGGUAUUGGAUGUGCAAAUUCACCAAAUAUUUCAGCAUUGGAUGGAGUACCAAAUUUCCGUUGAGGUAAAAUUACUGCUUCAGUAUUUCAGUCCAAGCUCUGACAGCACUUAGUCCAGUUCCCAAAUGAUCUAAAGUUUCCAAAUGUAGGUGGGAAACAUUUUGUUGAAUUUGGAUCCAAUUUUUAAUAUCUGAUUUUUUUUUACUUAAAGAAGUAAAUUUUAGGUUUAUUUGAAAUGCAGUUGAAACAUGGUUAAGGAGAGGUAAAAUCUCAUUUUUUAUGACAAGCACAUGAAUCUUUGAGUCUUUAGUUUUGUGUUCCUGAAUAUCUCUAAUAUGUUCUUGGUAUGUUCUGGGGUAUUUUAAUAAUUGAAAUUUGGUGAUAAAUAAUUGAAAUUAAAAAAAAAAAAGAAAUUUGGUGAUUAAUAAUUGAAAUUCUGGUGGCUUUUUAAUAAUUGAAAAUUCAGAAUAUUUUUAGAUGUAAAUAAUCUUCUGCAGAACACACGAAGUGGCAAAUUGUGCCUGGAGCUGGUCGGAGAACCAGUUUAACCAACCAGGACCUCAGGCCUGGUCUAGAUCCCACUGGUCAGCAGAUCUGACCUGUUUACAAAAUAAUUUGUGUGUUACUGGAGUAAAAUGUGGGGAAAUUAUGGAGUGUGUGGAAAAGAUCACUUUGGUUUUUUUUUUUUGGUUUUUUGCUGUGAUUUGUGUGUGCAGUAAAAAGGUGUAAAAGGCCCCAGGUGGGUGGUGGAGCCCAGGAUGCUGGGGGAGCUGUGUCACCCAGGUGGGGACAGAGCUGCUGCCACCAGCCCCUGCCUCACUGCUGGGCUCACCAACCACAGCUUUGUGGGGAAAAUUGGAUUUUGUCCCGUGUCCUGCCAUCAUUUCUGUGCCCAUCCCCUGCCUGGUGCUGGCUCUCUCUCCUGGCCCUGUCCUGUCUGAGCUGUACCCGUUGUUAUUCUUAAUUGUUAAUUUGUUAACAUGAGAAUUUUCUGUCAAAUCUGGUAAAAUCACUGGGAUUUCUUCAGCACAAUUAAAAUAUGUCGUUUAUGGGGUU